AUGGAGAAUGUGAUCAACGCAGAUGACGAAAGUCUGAAAAAGCUUAACAAGUACGCCUGCGCUUCUGUUGUAGUUGCCACCGUUAUCUCAAUUAUAUAUGGUUACACCACGAGUGUAAUUUCCGGAGCUCUUCUAUUCAUAAAGGAGGAGCUUAAAAUCAGUGAUCAACAAGUACAGCUUCUAGCAGGCAUUUUAAACGCUUGUGCGCUUCCAGGAUCUCUAGCCGCCGGCAGAAUCUCCGACGUCAUUGGUCGGCGCUACACCAUCAUCGCAGCUUCCCUCAUCUUCUUGUUGGGCUCAAUUCUGAUGGGCUACAGCCCAUCGUACCCAAUCCUGAUGAUCGGAAGAUGCGCUUCAGGAUUGGGAGUGGGCUUUGCAUUGGUCAUAGCACCUGUUUACUGCGCAGAGAUCUCACCAACUUCCUUCAGAGGCUUUCUGACGUCGUUCAUAAGCCUGUCCAUGAACAUCGGAAUCUUGCUUGGCUACGUUUCAAACUACUCCUUCAAAACUCUGAGCCUCAAGCUCGGAUGGAGGAUGAUGCUUGGCGUUUCAGCAAUCCCUUCGCUAGCUCUGGCCCUUCUCAUGCUAAGAAUGGUGGAGUCUCCGAGGUGGUUGGUCAUGCAAGGUCGUAUGGGUGAGGCCAAAAAGGUGCUUUUACUAGUCUCAAACUCUGAACCCGAAGCUGAAAAGCGCUUGCGGGCCAUAAAGAUCGCAGCUGGGAUCGAUGAAAAUCUGGGUCAAGACGUUGUUGCGGUUCCAAAGAAAACCAGGAGUGGAGGAGGGGCUUUGAAAGAACUCCUUUGUAAGCCUUCACCUACCGUGCGAAGAAUUAUAAUUACAGCCGUAGCAGUCCACGCUUUCCAGCGUAUAUGCGGAAUCGACACCAUUCUGUUAUACAGUCCCAGAAUCUUCGAGAGAGCGGGAAUCACCGACAAGAGCAAGCUCCUUUUAGCCACACUUGGAAUUGGAAUCAUCAAAGUUAUAUGUACAUUCAUUUCGGGGACCUUGCUGGACAGAGUAGGGAGGAGAGUUCUGCUGCUGAUCAGCGCAGCGGGUAUGGUGGUCAGCUUGAUAGGACUGAGCAUUUCCUUGACAAUCGUGGGACACUCUGGAGAGAAUCUAUUGUGGCCAAUAAGCUUAAUUAUCGUCGCCGUUUAUGCCUUCGUGGCUUUUAUGUCUGUUGGAGCAGGGCCUGUGACGUGGGUUUAUAGCUCCGAGAUAUUGCCUUUGAGGCUUAGAGCACAAGGUCUUGGAAUCUGCGUGGUUGUGAACAGAAUCGCCGGGGUGGCAGUGAUUAUGAGUUUUAUAACAAUUUAUGAGAACAUAACCAUGAGUGGGACUUUCUUUAUGUUUGCUGGAACCACCGUGUUAGCUUGGUUGUUCUACUAUUUCUUCUUGCCUGAGACAAAGGGAAGAUCUCUGGAAGACAUGGAGAUCAUCUUUGGCGGACGUUGUAAGUCGGAGGUUCAAAUGGCCAGAGCACUGUGCAAUACUACUGACCCAUAG